CUUCUUCAGAUCUUCUUCUUCGCUGUGCGAGCGUUGACAACCGGCGACUUGCAUGGAUCGAUCCGAAAGACCUCCAUGGUCCGAUCUCCCACCGGAGGUUCUCUCAAUGAUCGGCAAGCGACUCGACACUGGCAUGGACGUCCUCCGGUUCCGCAGCGUCUGCUCUUCGUUCCGCUCCUCAAUCCCUCCGCCUCACCGCAACGCCCCGCGAUUCCCUAUCCGAGUCCCUCACUCGCUGAUUUCCUCCGUCUUCCUUUGUGAAAGCACGAUCUGCGUGCUCGAGACGCCUGACGAAGCUUCCGAUUCGGGCGCCCCGAGUCCUCCUCGAUCGCGGUGGUUGGUGAAGGUCCAGGAGUCGAACCUCGGCGACGUGCAGCUCCUCAGCCUCUUCUCGCAGAUGCGAAUCACUUGCUUGCCCCGAAAUUUCCCCAAGGUAAUCGACUCUCUCGAAUUCGGGAUUGUUGAAAUUUGUAGGGAAUAUAGGCUCGAGUACAGUACGUGGGGCGUCGUUCCCGGUAUAAGGAAAGUAGUGGUGUCCCCAGAUUGUGUAUGGACCGAUUUAGAUGAACUUGAGGUUUAUUCCAUUGUAGAGGAAGGGCGAUUAGGUUACUGGAAGUAUGGGGAUGAGAAUUGGACCUAUUUGGAUGAUCAACGUGGCUGUUCUUAUGAUGACAUUAUUGUUUAUGAAGGCAAGGUCUGCGUCGUUGAUUGGUCCGGGAUGGUUUCACUGAUCGAUUCUUCAUUUAGGACUCAAAAGUUGUCGCCAUCAAUUUGCACUAUUGAUGGCGGCAGUGGCAGCAGUGGUGGUAGCAGUGGCAAUUGCAAAUAUUUGGUGGUAUCGAGUGGUGAUCUGUAUGUUGUGGAUAGAUACUUUAGCGGAAAUCGAAGCGGAUACGAGUUUGAUGCUUAUAUGGAGGAUUUUCUAUACCCUGAUAUUGAGGAGACAUUUGAUUUCACAGUCUAUAGAUUGGAUCGGCGAUGUGGGAAAUGGGUGGAGGUAAGAAGCUUGGGCAACAUGGCUUUCUUUCUCAGUAACCACUGUUCGUAUGCGAUAUCUAUGCACGAGCUCGGUGGAUGCAAUGGGAAUUGCAUCUACUUCUUGGAGAACACCGAUUCCCCUUCCUUGAGAGAUAAAGUUAAUGUGUUUAGCUUGGACGAUCGUAGCAUCAAGUGCCUAGUCUUUUCCGACUUCCUAAUGAGUACACGGGGCACCUCCGACUUGACUCGACCGAAAUCGACACCUUCCAGGUCCAAAGAGUUCGUCGAUUAGACCAUGUUAGUCCUGAAUAUAAGAUCUGAAAUAGGUGAAUAUGUAAUUUAUCUGUAUGUGAGGAUGUCUCUGCCCGGCAUCUUGGGGUUUAGCUUUUCCCUUCCCUAGUUUUGUAAUGGCACAUGUGCUUGCUUGAGUGCAUCCAAUCUCAUGUAUACUUUUAUAAUAGAACAGAACAUCAAUAUAAAAAACUUGUGGUGCCUUGUUGAAUGA